CGUCUGACAUCACAUGACUAAACACGGAAGUAAAUAGUAACAGUAGAGUUCCUAUCUGGGAACACGUCCAAAAUAGUUCAAAUAUUGCACUAAACCGAUUUUUAUUUAAAUACUAGCUAAACUUAAUUAAAGCAGUUAUAAUUAAUUUUUAUUUUUCCUGCUAUUUUGUGAAGCGAUUCGUUUUAACGGUCGAUAUUUUUAUAGGUUUGUGUUCCAAACCGGAUAAGACCCUCCGUAAGCGCACUACUUCUCGUUACUAUGGUAACCUGCAAAAUAGACUAAUGACAGUCACAAGGCAGUGAAGUCAUGUGAAUGAAACCGGAUAGAGAGGAUGUAAUAAACAGCGUGAGGUGUUUUUAACUCAGUUAUAGAGGUUCAGGGAGGAUUUCAACAUGAUUCAAACACUUUUAUUCUCGUUUUUCGUUUGUUUUCUCCCGACAAAUGACGCUAUUUUACCGCUGGUGAUAAACACCUGGAGCUUUGAGAAUGCCUCAGUAACAGCGUGGCGCUCCCUGCAGGUCGGUGCGUCUCCGCUCGACGCCGUACAGAGAGGAUGCGCUGCGUGUGAAGAGGAGCAGUGUGACGGCAGCGUGGGCUUCGGCGGACAUCCUGACGAGACAGGAGAGACCACGCUGGACGCCCUCAUCAUGAACGGUGAUACGAUGGAGGUGGGAGCGGUGGGAGAUCUGAGGAGGGUGAAGAACGCAGUGGGCGUGGCUAGAGCCGUGAUGGAGCACACGCAUCACACGUUGUUAGUGGGAGAAUCAGCGACAGAGUUUGCUCAGGACAUGGGCUUCAAAGCUGAAAGUUUGUCCACUAACUAUUCGAUGAACACUUUCUCACAGUGGCUGAGUCAGAAAUGCCAACCGAACUACAGGAAGAACGUUUUCCCGGAUCCUUCCGUGUCAUGUGGGCCGUAUAAACCCCGAGCUGAAGUGAAGCCGAGGCAGAAGCGAGGAUUAAUUAACCUCCGCUCCCACGAUACCAUCGGAAUGAUUGUGAUUGGACGCAGCGGCCAGGUGGUUGCAGCGACGUCUACCAACGGAGCGAGCCAUAAAGUUCCAGGCCGUGUUGGAGAUUCUCCGAUAGCAGGAGCCGGGGCGUACGCAGACAGUGCAGUAGGGGGCGCUGCAGCGACAGGUGAUGGCGACCUCAUGAUGCGUUUCCUGCCCAGUUUUUUAGCGGUGGAGUUGAUGAGGUCAGGAGUCGAACCCACCGCCGCCUGUGAAACCGCCAUCUACAGGAUCAAGAAGCAUUACCCACAAGUCUUUGGGGCAAUCAUCUGUGCCAACCGCACGGGCGGAUUCGGUGCAGCGUGUAAUAAAGUCUCGGGCUUCUCGCAGUUUCCCUUCACGGUGUUUAAUCCACAGAGCAACAGACCUCAGCUGCACAAAGUCGACUGUGUGUAGCGCUGAUUUUACACACAACACACGUUCCUGAGCAAACACUGGAAUCAGUUCAGCGCCGCAGGGGUCGUAGUUUAAUUAUUACAGAUUGUUGAAGUUUUAAUAAAUAUUUUUUUUCAGA